AUGGCAAUUAAAGAAGAAAACGAAACUAACGAAAAAAUGAGCAACAAACGAGGCAUUCUCGUGCGGGAAGACUUAGAAUAUUCCGCCCAAAAACUGUUUACUUACGCCACUAUUGGCCUAACUGCGAUUGGCAUUUAUGUCUCA